AUGAACAUAGGAAAGGGCUUUGCUUCUCUCUAUCUGCCUCUCUCUUCCUCUUUGGGAGCUCUGUUGGCAGCUCAGCUUUGCGUCAACUGCUUGGGUUCCACCUCUUCCUCAGCCAUCAUGAGCCGGCAAUUCUACACCUCUAAAUCCCUUAAUGGGAGACGGAGUUAUACUUGUAGCAGUGGGUUCCGCGGGGGCAGCAGCUUGCCCUCCUUCUGCCUCAUUGGAGCAGGCGAAGGUGGAGGCUAUAGCAGCAUAAGCCAGUACAACCCUGAGCAUAGCAAGAGAUAUUCUGGAACAAACCCUCGCAGUGGGCUGGCCUAUGGGGCCGGGCUCUCUGGCUACAGUGUUGGUGCUGGAAUUGGAAAGCCCGAGGGCUUCAGCAGUCAAAGUACAGGGGCCCCCAGCCAGGCCGGAGGACUGGGCCACCAAAGCAGUGACAGCUACAGACAAGAAGGGUUCAGCAGCCAGAGUCUUGGUGGUGGAUUCAAUCAUGGCAGACGCUAUCGGGCAAAUGGCUUUAGCAGUCGAAGUCUGGGUGGCAGAAAUGCUCUUGGUGGUGGUGGGGGCUAUGAAUCUGCUGGCCGCUUUGGGGAAGGGAGUGGGAUCCACACUGUCCGAGUCAACGCAAACCUUUUGCAGCCUCUCAGGAUCCAGAUUGAUCCAGAGAUUUCUCGAGUGAAGGAGGCGGAGAGGGAGCAGAUCAAAACCCUCAAUGACAAAUUUGUUGGCUUCAUUGAUAAGGUAAGGCACUUGGAGCAGCAGAAUAAGCUUCUGGAAACCAAAUGGAACUGCCUGCAGCAGCAGGAGCCUGUUGAGAGGGCCAACAUUCAGCCCCUCUUUGACAGUUACGUCGCCGCCUUGAAGCGGCAGCUGCAGCUGCAGCUGAACGAGAGGGAACAGCUGCAACUGGAGAAGUCAAAAUUCCAGGAUUUGGUUGAAGAGUUCAAAUGCAGGUAUGAAGAAGAAAUCAACCGCCGGCUGGCUGCAGAAAAUAAUUUUGUACUACUAAAAAAGGAUAUUGACAUUGCCUAUACCAACAAAGUGGAUCUAGAAGUGAAAGUAGAAAACCUGAGACAGGAGCUCAACUUCAUCCGAUGUAUUUUUGAAGCUGAAGUAGAAAGUUUACAGGCAGCAAGUGCAGAAACCAGUGUUAUUGUGUCAAUGGACAACAGUCGAGUCCUUGACAUGGAGGGAAUAAUACACUCGGUGAGAUGUCAGUAUGAAGAGAUUGCCCAGAAGAGCAAAGAUGAGGUCAAUGCUCUGUAUGAAGACAAGUACAAAGAGCUGCAGAACACAUGGGGACAUUAUUGCAACAAUCUCAGCAGUGGCCGUCAUGAAAUCCAGGACCUCAUGCGUCUGAUCCAGAGAUACAGAGGUGAAAUGGAAAAUACCAAAAAACAGGUUGAGGCAUUACAGACCUCUAUUGCUGACGAUGAGCAGCGGGGUGACCAUGCUUUGAAAGAUGCCAGAUCAAAGCUUAUGGAGGUGGAGAACAACCUGCAGUGCUCGAAAGAUGAACUUGCUUGCCUGCUGAGAGAUUACCAGAACUUGCUGAAUGUCAAGCUUGCGCUGGAUAUCGAGAUUGCAACGUAUAAGUCACUUCUAGAAGGAGAAGAGAGCAGGAUAUCUAAUUCUCCUCCUGUUAACAUAUCUGUUGUAGGUGGUCCCAACAUCCCUGUAGCUGGUGGACGUACUUAUGGUGGGACAGUUGGCGGAACCGGAUUUGGAAGGAGAGGUACACACAGCCCUGGACAAGGUUACACCCAAAGAAACAUCAGCAGCAGCGGAAUAUCCAGCUCUAAAAGUGGGAAACCUGGUGGCAAAACUGGAUUUAGCUCUAGGAGUGGAGAGAAUGUUUCUAGAGGUUCCAUAAGCUCUGGGCUUGGGCAAAGUGGCACCACUGCUGUGGUCCCAUCUGCUGCUAAGAAUUCUGAUCCAGAAAAUGUAGGAGGUUCUGGAGGUGGAGCAUAUGGUUCUAAGAGUAGAGGACUCAGCAGCAAAACCGGGGGUUACAAUACAAGCACAACACAUAUUUGCACAUCAGCUGGGGUUUGUAGCACAGGUCCCUCUGGGGGGAUCUCUGUGAGUGGCAGCUAUAACAUCCAGAGAACUGGAGCAUACACAGGGGAUGAUUUCAGUGGUCUUUUUUAG